UCUGACUGAGGAUUUUAAUCAUUCGGAGUCACACUGAAAACAAUUCUCCCAGCAAUCCACUCCUAGCUGAUACACUGACUUUGGGCAUGUCAGCAUUUGCAUCUACCGACCGUGGCCCUUUCUGAGAUGGCAUCUGUGAUUCAGCUAUUCAAAAUUUAAUGAAGUUGGUGAUUCUGUGACAAUGUGGAGAAGUCAUGUCAGAAUAUGUGGUUUGUACUGGGGCUGUCAAUGCUGUAAAGGAAGUUUGGGAGAAAAGAAUAAAGAAAUACAAUGAAGACCUGAAGCGAGAGAAGGAAUUUCAACAAAAGCUAGUGCAACUCUGGGAAGAACGAGUGAGCUUAACUAAGCUAAGAGAAAAGGUCACCAGGGAAAAUGGAAGGGUCAUUUUGAAGAUAGAAAAAGAGGAAUGGAAGACCCUCCCUUCUUCUCUACUAAAACUAAAUCAGCUACAGGAAUGGCAACUUCAUAGAACUGGUUUAGUGAAAAUUCCUGAAUUCAUCGGAAGAUUCCAGAACCUUAUUGUGUUAGAUUUAUCUCGAAACACAAUUUCAGACAUACCUCGUGGAAUUGGACUGCUCACUAGACUUCAGGAACUGAUUCUUAGUUACAACAAAAUCAAAACUGUCCCCAAGGAACUAAGUAACUGUGCCAGAUUGGAGAAACUUGAACUUGCUGUUAACAGAGAUAUAUGUGAUCUUCCACAAGAGCUCAGCAAUUUGUUAAAGCUUACUCACCUUGAUUUGAGUAUGAACCACUUUACUACAAUCCCUCCUGCUGUGUUGAACAUGCCUGCACUUGAGUGGCUUGAUAUGGGAAGCAACAGACUUGAACAACUUCCUGAUACUGUAGAAAGAAUGCAAAGUCUACACACAUUAUGGCUCCAACGGAAUAAAUUAACAUGCUUGCCAGAAACAAUCAGCAAUAUGAAAAAUCUGGGUACUCUUGUUCUCAGCAACAAUAAACUGAAAGAUAUUCCAGUGUGCAUGGAAGAGAUGACCAAUCUAAGGUUUGUCAACUUCCGAGACAACCCACUGAAAUUGGAAGUAACACUUCCUCCCAGUGAAAACAUAGAUGAGGAAGAGGAACGGGAAUUAUUCGGCCUUCAGUUUAUGCACACAUACAUACAGGAGUCACGGAGAGCAGGUAACCACGUCAACUGCUCUACUACUUUACCAAAUUCUAUAAACGCUGAUGGGUAAUAUAAUUCAAGAUGCCCUGCUGAAGAGGAUUACUUUGGGAAUUUGGUGAAUUCUCUAAUGUUUGGACUUCUAAAGGAAAAAACAAAGCCAUUACCAAAGUUCAACGAGGCCACAUUUUUUAAAGUUCAUAUUAUCUUCUAUUUAAAUUAUAUUUUCAUGAAUAUAAAAAUACAAUUAAAAAAAUUUUUUUGGUGGAA